AUGCUCAGCGUCGCCUCCUGCACUCUCGCACUCUUGCUUUCUUCACUCGCGUUCGGCGCGCCUCAGGGUGAUCCCGUCUCAGCGAGCGUCGCGGCCAGUGUUGCGGCCAGCGCUUCCGCUGUCGUCUCGUCGAUGGCGGUCUCCGCUAUGUCGGCUUCGCAGGCAAGGCCAACGUCGACGGUGGUCGUGCCCUCUUCGACUGGCAGUGCCCCCUCAACUCCUACCGGCCCUUUUAUCGACCUGGACCCAAACGAGCCAAUGUGGGACCCGUCCACAAAAGACCCACAACCCAUAAGAGGUGGUCUCGGGGCAAUCAUCAUGGGCCCUACAGACGUCGACACUGCUAGGAACAACCCUGAUCUAGUUGCCUCACCUUCAACUGAUCACGGUAGCGUUAAAAACGCCAAGUGGCCCUUCGCCUUGAGCCACAACCGCCUCCAUGUGGGAGGUUGGGCCCGCCAACAGAAUGUCAACGUCAUGCCCAUUGCCACUGAAAUGGCCAGCGUAAACAUGCGCCUCAAGCCUGGUGCCGUUCGUGAACUUCACUGGCACAAACAAGCCGAGUGGGCCUACGUUCUCAAGGGCUGGACUCAAGUCACUGCCGUUGACCAGGAAGGAAAGAACUUCGUCGAGACUGUGGGUCCUGGAGAUCUUUGGUUCUUCCCAGCGGGUGUGCCGCAUUCUCUCCAGGCCACUGACGACGAUCCGGAUGGUUCUGAAUUUGUUCUGGUUUUCGAUAGCGGUGACUUUAGUGAAGAUUCGACCUUCUUAUUGACCGAUUGGCUUGCCCAUGUCCCGGCUGGAGUCCUCGCAAAGAACUUCCAGACUGACAUCUCUGCCUUCGCCCACAUCCCAGCGGAAGAAUUAUUCAUUUUCCCUGCUCCUCUCCCUGAGGAUGACUCUAAAGCACCAAAGAGCCCUCUCGGUGUCGUCGACAAACCAUACACUUUCGCACUCUCGAAAGUCAAACCGACUCAGUUCAGUGGUGGCACCGUCAGGAUCGCUGACUCUCGGACCUUCGAAAUCUCGAAGACGAUCGCCGCCGCGGAGGUCACCAUCGAGCCUGGUGCCAUCAGAGAGCUUCACUGGCAUCCCACGCAAGAUGAAUGGAGCUUCUUCAUUGAGGGUCGCGCUCGAGUGACCAUCUUCGCUGCUCAAUCCAAUGCGAGGACCUUUGAUUACCAGGCGGGUGAUAUCGGUUAUGUUCCUGCAAGCAUGGGCCACUACGUCGAGAAUAUUGGCAAUACGACUGUGCGCUUCCUCGAGAUGUUCCGUACUGACAAGUUCGAGGACAUAUCUCUCAGCAACUGGCUCGCCUUGACACCACCCGCGCUCGUCAAGGCACAUCUCGGGUUCGACGACGCCACCAUGGCCAAGCUGGGCAAGACGAAGCCAGUUGUCAUCGGUCCCGCCAAGGCUUAA